AUGGCAACGCCAAAGCGACGCAAGGUCGAGACAUCUGAGGGCUCAAGGCAUCCUGACGAGAUCGACCCGGCAAAGGUUGGACCUCAGCAGUUCUCGACGUUCAGGCCGAGUAAAAGCAACUCUCGCAGAGUUGCAGGAGGCAUUCUAGAGCUGAGACUCCAUGACAGCGAGCGGUUUCUGGUGCUCGGAAGUUAUGGUAUCAAGGUUCUUGGUGGCGAGAUCACCGUAGCAGGGGCAAGCAUUCGACCUCCAGAUGGCAUCAAAUGGGUUCAUGCCCCUCACUGCCAUGCGAUCCCGGUGCUGCGCUGCUCGGAGGAGACAAGACUUGAACUGCAUCCUCACCCACAGGGUGCAAGUUUGCGCAAGCUUGAACGACUUUCACCUCUCUUCCGAAGUUUGUGGCAUGAACCCGAGGGUAAAGCGAGCAAACGAGGCGCAAAGACCGAUACCUACAAGAUUAUUUGUACCUCUGAAGAUGCGCCGAAGCGAGCUCUGAUCCAGGAUCUGCGAUCGCAUCCCGCUUGGAACAAGAAAUUGGCGGGGUUAACGAAGGCGAAACCAGAUCAGCCAGCCCUCAGCGUGAUGCUUUGCGGCCCCAAGUCGUCCGGCAAAUCCACCUUUGGCCGUAUCCUGGGAAAUCGGCUGCUCACGGGCGCUGGUCAGCAAACUCGAACCCGGAAAACACCACCCUCAGUCGUUGUGAUGGAGCUAGAUCCUGGGCAGCCAGAGUAUACUCCGGCAGGGCUGGACCUACUAAGUGAGCUCGUAUCGACGAUCAAGCCAGCCGAGGUGAUCUACAUGUCCGAAGACGGCCCUAGGGAGACCGUCGAAGGCUUGCAAGCGGCGUGUAAGACGGUUUUUACGCUGCUUCCCUCGCAGCAGUCAGAAUUCACUUCUAGAACUGCGGCACAUCUACGUUCGAUGCAGGCGUUGGCGUAUUUCCACACCAAGAGAAACCCGUCGAAUCAGCUGCUGUGGAACCCUACUCCGCUUUCAUCAUCGCCUCCGUUGAUGGUCGGCUACAAGGGGAAGAACCGCGGAAUCACUGGGAUCGUCAGCUAUGAGUACCAACCGCCGGCAGACCUUCUUGCAGAGACUAUCAACGGGUCUAUCUUAUGUCUGGUCGAGACCGAGGAUGUCAGAGCAUUCACUCGUCUAGCUAGAGAGAGCAGCGACUCUACCGCUGUGACAUCAAACGUUGACGUGAUGGACAUCGAUGGUAUCGCGCUGGACUUAGAGGCGAUUGUCGCCAGGACGCCUGAGGGAAUCCCUUAUAUCCCAAAUACCGAUGCCCAAACUCUGGAUCCACGAUACGCGCAAACUUUGGGCCAGGUGCUACUACGAGGCAUCGACACAAAGACCGGCGCAUUAGAGAUCCUCACACCGAUACCCCUGGAACGUAUCGAAGCAGCCAAAGCAGCGGGCCACCACUUGAUGCUAGUCCAUGGCAAGCUCGAUUCCCCCGGCUGGGCGUACACGGAAGACCUGUACUUCCAGUCCUUCAACGGCAGUGAUGUAGAUAACUCCAAGUAUGACACGGUGGAAGUCAUGGACGAGGAUACGGAGAGCGACAAGUCAGACGAGGAGCCCGAAAACCUCGAGCUUGCUGGCGAUGUCAGCGACACGCCGUGGAUCGAGGUCCUCCAGGGCCACGAGAAGCGUCCCGUGGGGUCGAGGGUGUGGAGAGUCCGGCGCGAUCUCGGGCGGGCCGGGCCGGGCGCUGAAUGA